CCGGGAAGACGAGGCCGCACACUCACCUCGGCCUCUCCAUCUCACCUUCUUUCUUCCCAAUCAAUCGCCUUCUCCGGUUCAACCACGAGUCCACGACAAACAACUCGAGCUUUCUCCACGACCCAAGCCAGACGCCGCAGCCCACGUUGCGCACAAGGGGAGAUGGCGACCGCGGCCACGCUCGCGCUGCCCGAUCAUCAUCAGACGCUGCAGCUGCCGUCGCCGGCGGCGUUCGGCGGCUCCGACCGCCUGAGCCAGGAGAUCUUCUCCAUCCUCGAGUCCAACUUCCUGUUCGGCGCGGCCUCGCCGCUGGAGGGGGGUCCCUGCUCCGCGGGCCGCGUCCGCGUGCUCUCCAUCGACGGCGGCGCGGACGGCGGCGCGCUGGCCGCGGCCGCUCUCGCUCGCCUCGAGCGCAGGCUGCAGGAGCUCUCCGGAAACCCCGCCGCGCGCGUCGCGGACUUCUUCGACCUGGCCGCCGGCUCCGGCGCCGGGGGGUUCCUCGCGGCGGCGCUGUUCGCGUGCCGGAUGCCCGCCGACGCGGCGCGCGACGUCGUGGCCAAGAACCGGAAGGUGCUCUCCGGCCGCGGCGGGCGGGGCGGGCUGCUGUUCCGGCGCCCGGAGGCGGUGUUCAGGAAGGUGUUCGGGGACCUGACGGUGCGCGACGCCGCGAAGCCGCUGCUGAUCCCGUGCUACGACAUGGCGACCGCGGCGCCGUUCGUGUUCUCCCGCGCCGACGCCGUGGAGGCGGAGGCGUUCGACUUCCCGCUCUGGCAGGUCUGCGCGGCGGCGUGCGGGGUCGGCCCCGCGGAGGUGGCGUCGCUGGACGGGCGCACCAGGCUGCGCGCCGCGGCGGGUGCGGGAGGAGGGGGCGGCGCAUCCGCCGCCGUGGCCAACCCGACGGCCGUGGCCGUCACGCACGUGCUCCACAACAAGCGCGAGUUCCCCUUCGCCGCUGGCGCCGGCGACCUCGUCGUGCUGUCGCUCGGCGGGAGCGCCGCUGCCUCGCUCCUCCGCCCCUCGUCCUCCAGCCUCCUGCGCAUCGCCGGAGCUUGCCAGGCCGACAUGGUGGACCAAGCCGUGUCAAUGGCGUUCGGGGAGAGCAGGGCGAGCAACUACGUCCGCAUCCAGGGCAACGGCAUUGCCGCCGGCGAGACGGCGGAGGCGGCGCUGACGGAGCGGGGCGUGGAGUCCGUGCUGUUCCGGGGGAGGAAGCUCAUGGCGCAGACCAACGGCGAGCGGCUCGACGGUGUGGCCGAGCAGCUGGUGCGGGAGCACCACCGGCGGCUGGAGAGCAAGACGCCCGUGGUGCUCGUGAAGCCCUCCGCGACGCCGCGGACGUCGUCGUCCUCGGCGUCCACGCUCAUCACCGUGUCCACCAACUCCUCCUCGGAGUCGCCGUGAGACUACCCGAGACAUCAGCAGCAUCAGCUUCGGCUGGCUGGCUGGCUUAACUAGCGUGGCCUUCUUCUUCUUUUUUCUCUUUUAUUUAUUGGUUUGCUGGGUUUUUAGUUUAGCGCGGCGCCGGCGCCCGGGGUUUUGAUUGCCUGCCGGUGCCGCCUCGCGCGCUCGCUCCCGGUCCCGGCCCGCGCUCACCGCCAACGACGACGACGGCGCGCGCCUGCGGCCGCCGGGAAGAAAGUGGAGGGCUGUCGAGCGAAGGGUGUCAUCAGAGGUUUUUCUCUAGUGUAAGCUAGGAGAUGGAUGCUGCACGGGUGUAUGUGUGCGGUGUGCGUGUGCUGCAAAUUGCAAUGUGUACGUAGAGAGAGUGCCCGGAGCUUGGAUUGCGAUGUGAUGCUACUGUCGGUGUGGCGUUUACUGAUCACAGCUGUUCCUGUCCGUGCGAUUCACAUUCACUCCUGAACUGAACAUUUUGAUCUUUUUUCA